AUGUGCAUUAACACUUUUUCCGCUUCAACAAUCGACUCAAAUGUUACGUUUUGUUUUCCGACACAAAAUUCUGUUCUUGCAGGCUAUGAACGUAUCUCAACAUGGGGUCGGAAAGUAGGCUGAAGGUUGGAUCAAUUGAAGAGAUCGGAAAAUUCCGAGUUACUUUCGGUUUUGGGUAGAAGACGUCGUUGGAGUCCAAAUUGAAAGAGAUACGAAGAAAGCUUGGAGGAAAAGGAAAAUGGUUCGAACGAACAUUCCUUUUCAGAAUUUCCCAAGCCAAAAAGAGUUUCCAGAGUGGAAUCGUUGAAAAAUUUAUUUCGCUCAACGGAGAGAAGUAAUUUCUUAAGUUCGAAUUCAACGUCGAGAAACGUUACGAUUCAGGAGGAGAGCCAUCAUUCUAUGGAGAAAGCUUUAAGCGAUGGUGCUAUUAAAAACAUAUCUGCGUUUCAAUUAAAGUCCCUGAAUAAUAAUAGUAAUAAUAAUAAUAAUAAUAGCGAUGAACAAUUAAGGGAGACUUUCCUAUACGAAAAGCAACGACAAUUAAGUCAUAGUAUUCAGGAUCUUCAGGAACAGGAACGUGUCAUCGACUUUAUUCUUAUGAAUCAGCAGGUGUUAAAGACUCAAGAGGGUACAGCAUUGGUAAAGAAGACUUUGAAUAAGUUAGAGAAGGUUAGUAAUUUAAAGAAUAUAUCGGAAUGUUCUUCAUCGAUGUCUAAGGUCAACGUGAAAACUAAUAAUACAUCUAGUCGAACCGAAAAUAGGAAUCAUUUUAUUAACAUUCAUGAACGCGAUAGUUUUAGAAACGAUCAAACAAGAUCUUGCCUUUUAACCGGUUUGGAGGAUCUUAUGAAUAAUCUUCGUCUAGGAUGCGAURAGAGUGGUUACGAUUCCGAUAGCACACGAACAGGUGCUGAUUCUCCUGACAGUGAACAAUGUAUUCGAAGAAUGACUAAGCCUCGUAGCUAUUCUAUAACUUCCGAUGAUUAUCAAGGUAUAGAUCUGUCUUUGUCGCCGAUCAUUGACCACGCUGAACUUUCAAAAACAAGUUGCGAGGAUUCCGAAAAUGUUAAUGAUAACACCGUCGUAGAGGCACAUCAUUUUUUGAGCAAUUCAAUGAAAAUUGAAUCGACGGUAGUCAUGUCGGAAUAUGAUGAUGAUGAUGACACCGAUAGUUGCGACGAAAGUACUUUCAAUGAUUACGAGCAAUGCACUAAAUCAGAAUUUUUAAAUAAUUCAAUUAGAAAUACGAAUAAAAUUGUUCCAAGUACAUUGAUACAAACGAAAUCAAUGACUUUUUUAAGGAAUCAUAAAUAUGGUAGUGCCAGCGUGUUAACUCUCGUUGACAAUGCUUCGUCUCCUUGCAAAGAUAGUCCAACAAGCUCAGGAUUUUCAACGACAAUGUUAAUGAAUUAUUCGGUUGAAUAUUAUACUCCUAAAAGAUCUCGUUCUGCUUUGGAAGCUGAAGUAUCAUCAGAGGAAUCUAUCAAUAGAAUCAACAAAGUGAAAAAAACUAUUUUCGCUGAUAAUCCUCGAACAACGAUGAUAACUUCAACACCAUCCAAGUCUACUUUAGUACGUCGAGAAUUAAAGACUAUGAAACUCAGCGUUGAAAGAUCAGGCAAUCUUGGUAUCUCUUUAGAAAGACGAGAAGCAGUUAGACCGUUUUACAUAAUAUCGAAAUUAGAUUCCAACGGUGAAGCAGCCAAAUCUAAAUUGUUUCGAAUCGGCGAUGAGAUCGUCCGAGUCUGUGGUCGCAGAUUACGUGGGAUGACAAUCAUCGAAGCUAGAAAUGCAUUACGCAAUUAUGCGGAAUACGUUGAGCUUCAAAUCGCCAGAGAACCAACGUUUGCGUUUGGCGAAGAGAUCGGUGAUACUUGGGCU